GUAGAACAGGACACAGAAUGUGUAAUAUAUAUCUAUUCAAAUAGAUACGUGUAUACUGAUUAUAAAGUAAUAAAAAAAGUAAUAGUAUUCGAAAUUAAUAAUAUAAUAAUAAAGAUUAGAAUAAUAAUCUUCACUCGUCUUUGUUUAAGUUUUAUCUAUAACAAGUUGUUUCUUAUGUAGGAUUUGCUACUUAUGUAAUAACAACCUUCUAACCACUAAUUUUGUAAAUACGUUUUAGUACGUAUAACCUAACUACGUGAUUUUCUAAAAAUGAACGAAAAGAAAUUGAUUGAUGAAAUUAUUGAAUUGCGUGAGUUGUUACGCACGAAGGAAACUCAACUAGCUGCCUUAAGGCGCGAAAAACAAAUCUUACAAGAUUACGGUUUGAAUAACGAAGAAAUAUUACGAUAUAGUAGGCAAAUAUUUUUACCAGAAAUUGCUAUUAAAGGUCAAGUAAAAUUAAAGAAUAGCGCAAUAUUGAUCGUAGGAGCAGGUGGACUUGGAUGCCCAGCUGCAUUAUAUUUAGCAUCUGCUGGUGUUGGACAAAUUGGUAUAAUUGAUUAUGAUGAUGUAGAAAUUAACAAUCUUCAUAGACAAUUAUUAUAUGCAGAAACAAGUAUUGGGACACCAAAAGUAAAUACUGCUGCAGAAAGUCUUAAUCGCUUAAACAGUGACAUUAAAGUUACUCCAUAUAAAAUUCAACUAGAUAGCAGUAAUGCUCUGGACAUAAUAAAGUGUUACGAUGUAGUGGUAGAUGCUACUGAUAAUGUAGCUACACGUUAUUUACUGAAUGAUGCGUGUGUUCUAAGUAAUAAACCUUUAGUGUCUGGAUCAGCAUUAAAAUUUGAAGGUCAUUUAUCUGUAUUUAAUUACAAUGGACCUUGCUAUAGAUGUAUAUUUCCUAAACCUCCUCCUCCAGAAACAGUAACAAAUUGUGGAGAUGGUGGUGUUUUUGGCCCAGCCGUCGGUACUAUUGGCGUCUUACAAGCAUUAGAAGCGCUGAAGAUAGUACUCGAUCUUCCGCAUGUACUAUCCGGUCAACUUCUAUUAUUUGAUGGACUAGAAACGAAAUUUCGUAAGAUCAACCUGCGUGCUAAAAAUAUAAACUGUGCCGUUUGCGGCAAACAUCCAACUCUGCACAAAUUAAUUGAUUAUGAACAAUUUUGUGGUGCAAAAGCAAAUGAUAAAGAUCCGAAAUUAAAUUUAUUAAGAACGGAAGAAAGAAUAAGCGUGGAAGAAUAUAACACAACAUUGAAAUUAGGCACGAAAGCUCAUAUUUUAAUCGACGUACGUUCAGCUGAAGAAUUUGACAUCUGUCAUUUAAAGCACUCUAUAAAUAUACCAUUAUGUGAUAUUAAUAACAAUGAAACAGUAACAUUAAUAAGAAGUAGAAUACAGGAAAUACAAAAACAACAUGAUAAUGCUAGUUUAUAUGUUAUGUGCAGAAGAGGGAAUGAUUCGCAAAAGGCUGUAAAAAGCCUUCAGGAAAUAUUUCAGGGAAGUAAUCUAGAAAUAAAAGAUGUAAUUGGUGGCAUUCAUGCUUGGAGCAAGAAAAUCGAUUGUACAUUUCCUGUAUAUUAAUGGUAUAAAAUUUUGCUGAACGCAAUAGUGGAGGUAAAUAAAUUCCAUGGAAAGUCCAAUAAGGAUAAUCUUGUUUUACAUAUGGUCCAGUUGGCGCUCCUUUAAAUAGAAUCAAUUAAAUAUCGUGAUUAGUUACAUGACCUUUUUUAAUGAACAUAUCCAAUAAUAUUUAACCAUACCAUGCCAACCCAUAGAAUAAGGGAAAGAGCAAUGGAAUAAGUUAUCAUAUUUUGUACACAGUAUUUUCAUAGUAGCUGCUAAUGAUUCUUGUUGACUUUCUGAUAAAUCUUGCAUUCUAGAUACUUGUUUCUUAGGCAAUACCAUAGUUUCAUAUGGCCAUACUGCCCAAAAUGGUACUAAAACUACCCAAUCUCGGUUUUCUGAUACAAUGCGCUCCUACAACAUAAAAUAUACAAAUUAAAAAAUCUGAAGAUCUAAAUCUAAAUUCUCUUAAUAUGGUACUUUACUUUUUUGAAAAGUUCUUUUUGUACAUAAUCUAUAAGAAGUGGUUUUUUAUUACGAUUAUAAUAAUCGCUGAGGUAUCUAUCCUUUAUUUUAGCUUCAUUUGGUAAGAAAGAGCUAGCCCAAAUUUGACAGUGAGGAUGAGAAUUGCUACAGCCCAUUACAGCACCACGAUUUUCAAAAAUUUGUACCCAAGUCCAUUUUUCUCCCAACU